AUGGAUCAAGACUUGAGUGAAUUAAUGGCGCGUUUAACAGUGCAGGAGCAAGACAUAGAUCCUAUAAAAGUAUCUUUACAGGACCUGUUCGAUGAACACUAUAUCAAACCGGGGGAUAUUUUAUAUUAUGAGAAAACUAUCGAUGACACAACAUUAACAUAUCAGUGUAAAGUUAUUAAUAUUAUCCCUCUAACUUUGCUUGGUAUACAUCAUCAGAUUAAAAAAAAUUUCGAAAAGAGGAAACUCGAGGUCAUUCUCACGAGUGAGAACAAUAUGGUGGAUACAUCUAAUAGUUUAACUACGUUAGAAUAUAAAAUUAUCGGAUUGUUAAUCGAUCUCGGGGUAGCG